AUUUAGGUUAAGAUUAACAUUGACAAUUGUACUCAUAUAAUUUACUAUUCUAUUAUUUAGUGACUUCGGGGCUGGACAAAGGCCGAUAUUAUACCCCGGACGAUUCUAUUCCGCUGGAGGCCAGUUGCAAUUUAGGCCUGGAGCCGGAGGAACGGUGGUGGCUUUCAAGAAGGCGUAGCCCCCCACCGCCGCGCAAAAUAUCGGGGAAUGAUCCCGAGGGUCCAAGUUCCUCAAGCUGGGUUAAGUGGACUUCGGGGACAUCACCACAUCAGGUUCCCGGAUGAGGUUAAGCCUUCACUACCAAAGUUGGCCGCCGUCUCAAAACUUACGCGGUCAAAGCAGAGGCUUUAAUUCCUCGGAAAAUGGCUACAGGCGCCGCGAAAAAUAUGCUCCACCACUCAUGUAUUGGUGGAGCUCACAAGGGAACGAGGCGCACAAUAAGGACACACACUAUUCGUGUGUCGGGUCACCUAAUCCUGAGGAGCUCCUGGGGAAAAGAAGGGACAGGCCAAAGCAACAACGAGCACAACUGCGGUCUUCGGGUCUAAAUCCGGAAAACUUCACAAAAGCAACACGGGAAGUAUUUAGUGACUUCGGGGCUGGACAAAGGCCGAUAUUAUACCCCGGACGAUUCUAUUCCGCUGGAGGCCAGUUGCAAUUUAGGCCUGGAGCCGGAGGAACGGUGGUGGCUUUCAAGAAGGCGUAGCCCCCCACCGCCGCGCAAAAUAUCGGGGAAUGAUCCCGAGGGUGAGUAGGACGGAUAUCCCGAAACGGACUCACCGGGGAUUGUUGCCUGGCUUUGGCGGUGUCGGAACAAAUCAAGUUAAGCCGGUCCAAAUCCACAGGUCCAAGUUCCUCAAGCUGGGUUAAGUGGACUUCGGGGACAUCACCACAUCAGGUUCCCGGAUGAGGUUAAGGUGAGUAUAGGUCGAACCUUGUGUAAGAAUCUCCAGAGCAAAUUCCCAAAAUAAAUCUUCCGGGGCCCUUUUUGUUGGGACCCCGGUUGCCCUACAGACAAUUAAUUGUUAAUAAAAUAACUAUGACACUUAA